AUGGAAGCUGAUUUGAAUCUGGACUUGCCCCAUGUCCUUUUUCAUUAUCAAGGAUUAUAUCAGGAGUCAGGAGUCAGGAGAGUUAGGUUCUGGGUCCCACAAGUGCAUGGAGAAGAUGCUGAAGACAAUGAUGUUGAAGAUAGUGAUUUUGCUGAUUUUGAGGAAUUUGAUAGUGAAGAAUCUAGGGAGAGACGUGUACCUUCAGCAGAAAAGCAUCAUUCAAAACAAGGACCAGCCAGUGAUUCCAAGGGUAAAGAGAAUAUCAAUGAUGAAGUCCAAGAGGAGGAGGGAGAUGAAGCCUCUGUUGAAGAAGAGGAUGAGUUGGAGUACAGUGACUUUCAUGAUGAGGAAGAGUUUGAAGGUUUUGAAGGUGGAGCCCCUACUGGAAAGUCUACUCCACAUCUUACUAUAGCAAAGGUACCUGCAUCUGCAAUAGGAUCAAGAUGGGACAGUUACAUAUUGGAGAUCAUGAUGGUCACAGGUCUUGUCAUCUAUCUGACAAAUUUCAUGAUGGGACGUGCUAAGAAUGCACGCUUGGCUCAGGCAUGGUUUCAGAGUCAUAAAUCUCUCCUUGAGGAGAAUUUUGUACUUGUUGGUGAUGAUGGAAAGCGUGAGGUUGGGACAAGUGGAGGAGAAGAGAAUCCUACAUACCCACUUGUCAAAGAGUCUGAGCACAUUUACACUUUGUGGUGCUCUGGGAGGCAGUGUUGUGAAGGAAUGCUGGUCCUACUCAAAUUCCUGAAGAGACAAGACUUGGUAUGGUGCAUCAGUCAGCUGGUGCGGAAGCAAAGUGAUCGUUUGGAGAUACAGUUCAACCUUGGCCAGGAUGACAUGGAUUCUUUUGUUUGGUGCAUUGCCCAGAAGAAAACAGCUGUGAGGCUCGUCAAGGAAAUGUAUGAUUUGGGAACUUAUUGCCCAGAAAGACGUCUAGGAGAAAAGUUUGGUCUUUCAUCUUCCUUUAUUCUGAUGUCAGAGAUUCCUGAAGCACUCACAUCAAUAGUUGACUCCAAAGUUACUGCUACACUUAACAAGCUGGCCCAUAUGGUGGACUAUAUCCAUGUCUCUGAUCAGUACUCAGGGCCCAAGAAUCAGGGCGAUGGGAGCUCGCAGACACCAUCAACUGAAGUGAAGAAGGUGUUGAUCUGUGGAUUCAUAGUCCCUGGGGAAGGCCAAGCCCAUGAUCUGACCGUCAUAGAUUCCAUGAAACCUCUCCUUCAGCUUUCAUUCUAUCUGCUUGAUAAGCUGAAGCGAUUUCGACUCAGCAAAGAAGGAAAGCAGAAGGCAGAGAAGAACCGUGCCAAAGUGUAUGAGGCACAGAUGCGUCAGACACAUGCUGCCCGAGCUGAAGCUGCUGCCCAGCGUCGGGAAGAGAAACGACGGCAAGAGAAGGAUCGCAUGCUUCAGGAGGAAGAUCCUGAGAAGCAACGUCGUUGGGAGGAGAAGGAAUUACGUCGUCAGAUCAAGAAAAAGCAGCCAAAAAUUAAGCAGUUAAAAGUUAAAAGCCUCUAGUCCUUCAUAGUUUUGCUUUUGUUUCAUUUGUAUUGGUGAGAGGAUGUCCCCUGCUUAAGUAUAUGAUCUGUCUUUGUAUGGGGUGUGUUGGAAACAGUGACUCCAAUGAAUAUGAAAAUAUUCAUUUAACUGAAAAACAAAAUUGAAAUUGUAGGAAUGUGAAGACCAACUUAUGGAGAUAAUGUCAUGCAUAGUUAGGACUUAAUGUAACUAUUUCUUCACCUUUGACUUACAUGCUCUCCUCAAAUGACAACUUCAUUCAUACCUGCUGUUAGAGUGACUAGAUUGUGGCUAGAACAUCUCCUCUGACACUUUCCAGUUAAAACAAGGUUUAAGGCUUGUUAGCAGGUAUGUUGGACUUAGAUUGAUAAAAGUUUGGCAUGAGGAGAUCUAGCAAUUUUGUGAGCCAAGGAAAAUGACUUCUACUUGAAAUGACCUAGGUUUGAAACAUUACUUGCAUCCCAGUCAUGGUCUGACCUGCCAUGUCCUCCAUCAAGUUGGAACUACAUCCUAACAACAUGAAUCUGCAGUUGCUGAAGUUCUUGCUGCACAUAUAUUGCUAGUCUUUUAUAUUAACUAUCUCCCAUUCACUAUUACCAUGUUGAAUUUGAAAAUUAAAUGGAAACUUUGCCAUUAAUAUUUUCAAGUACCUGCAACACUGUAUUUAAGAGGAUCUUAUUCCCUCAGUUUAAACUUUGCUUCUUGGUUAAAUAAAUACAUUCGUAUUGUUUGGUGUCUAUCUUUCUGACUCACCCUGUACUUCCAUAAUUGUCAAGACCUAUGAGAGACAUCAUUUCCAGAUUUUGCAGCUGAGGAAAUGUACUCAGAAAUUAGUGAUUUUUUUUAGUUUGUUGUAUUUUCCCUGUUUCUAGUUUCAAACAUAUUAUUUUAAUGGUUGCUAGAAUGAGAGCAUGUUUCAUUGUCCCUCAUCAUAAUAGGAUUAAUUCUGAAAGGUGGUGGUGGGAUUGAUUGGAAAAAAAAGGGUGGAUCGAAAACUUUUCCUGUAAUUGUCUGCUCCAGCUAUGCUAGUAACUUAGGAAUGGUGUUUUUUAAUAAGUGUUUUUUUGUGAACACUAUAUUAAUGCCUCAUCACACACAUGACAUGGAGAUUAAAAAAACAUCAUCUUUUUGCUUGAAACAGAUACCUGCUCAUGUUGGAAUAACUAUGGUUAAGUGCUAUUUGAUUAUUUGUUGUCAGUUAAUGGAAAUUCACUUUCCUUUCUUGAUCCAAUCAUUAAACAUCUUGCUGACUUUAAUUUAACACUUUUCCUGUUUUUGUUCUUGUUUCAGACAUGGCAGAGGUAUUUCCUCCAAAAGACCAUGUGCUUAUAAAAUUGCUCAGAAUUAAUCAUAGUUAAAGGGUAAAAGUUCCCCAUAAGCAAUGGAAAAAUUCAGCCUUGAAGAGUCUCCCUAACAGAAAGAAUCCUAUCUAUUAUAGUGAUAUUCUCAGGAAGAGGGUAAAGGGCAGAUGGAUAGAACAAAUAGACAGUCAUUGAAAAGAAAUUUUCAGCCAGGAACAUGCACCUGGUUGCAAAUAGCUUCUCUUGUCACAUUUCUGUUUGUUCUCUUCUUGAUCCUUCACUUCCUAUCUCCACCAAAUAUUAAUAGUUUGGUUUGAGGUUUCUAGGAGUUCCUUCAAUGCAGUUUCUAUUCAUGGCUGAAUCAGGAACUCUUUCACAGCAUUUUGUUGCAAAUGUUUCUUGGUUUCAGUGCUUUAUCAGCAUACAGUCUUUUGGAGAAGGGGUGCAUACCAAAGAAGUUGCACACUAAUGUUAAAGAGGGGAGGGGAAUUUCUUCCUAUUUUCAAACUGAUAAAAAAAUGUUGAGCACCACAUAUUUGCAACUACUCCCAACAGCAGGAAUUAUUUUGCCUCGCCCAAAGAUGCAGUAUUUGUGAUAUCCAUGACAUGUGUGAUUACGUACUGAUCAGAACAUUUAAAGAAAAUUGUCUGUCCUCUGCAGCCAACAGAAUGUUGGGGCAGAUUAUAAUUUGGGGUGGCUAUUUUUGUACCACUUUGAUAAUUUGAGAAUCCUGUCCUUGUAGAUGUGCACGAACUCUCAUUUUGCCCAUACUUCCUCUUUGACUGUUGCUGUGAUCCUUGGGGCUGUUCUGCAUCCUGCAUCCUUAACUCCACCAUGAAGUACAACAGAAAGGAAAAUCUGAACACCUAAGUUGGUAGCACAGUGAAUUGGCCUGAAAACAGUGUGUGGAAAUCAGAGCCUUGUUCAUAAAUGUUUGGAAAAAUUGAAGCUCUGUUAAAAUCCCCUUGCUAUUUGUUAAGGACACUGGGUGAAUUCAAAGAUGAUGUUGGUAAAAGGUGUAGUGUGAAAUCCAUUCCUCACCACUGAAUUUGAAUUUUGUCCAUCAUGUUAGUGCGGCAUCAUGAUUUCCUAGUGUUCACAGUGGUAGAACACCAGACUAUACGCAAAAUGUGACCUUGAUUGCCAGUUUGGUGUUGGUGCGAUGGGAAUUCAUAUACUUCACCAUGAAGUGUUGCAUUAAUCCCAUCAACAUGAGUCCAAAACUGAUGUUUGUUGAAAGACCUCAUCAUUUCUGAGCUUGAUAUGUUUUUGGAAUCAUCAUUGAGGCUGAAGAUCAGGAACUUCAUUCAAUGACAUAUCAAUCCAUAUGACUCAGACCUGGCCUUGUAUUAGAAGCUAUAUACAGUAUGCACCUAAUGCUAGUGGUGGCAGAAUUUUAGCCUGCAUCCAUGCAAUGAAUGCCAAAAAAUGAAAAAACUCUCAAGUCUGCUUCCAAUUGGCCUAACCUAUAAUUAGUUUCAGAUUACAUAUGUCUGGAAGGCUUUGAAUCCUGGAAAGAAGGAGAAAUAUAAUGGCUCUUGGUCUACAGCAUAUGGGAUGAGGUUAUAUCAUUGGGCUUCAAGCUAAUGGUAGUGGUGGGAGAAGCUCUCAGCACUAACCAUGAACCAUUGGUGCUAAAUGCUGGCACCAUUUUUUUUAACUCAUCCACUCUGCAUUCAUUGAAGCAAACAGAAAAGGUACAGUAUUACAUCCGCAGUGAACCUUAUUUCUACUUUUGAAGUUUGUUAGAUUGUCUGCUUACCAUAUCAGAGACAUCCUCUGCAUGACAUUUACUAAGGCUGCUUUUUCCAUCUUCCAAAAAACAGAAUGGAGGGAAAGUGAGAUAGAAUUAGUUUUCUUGAGGGAAAAAACGGCUUAUCAAGACCAAGGUGAAACAAAUCAGCUGUGAUUGGCUGUCUGUAAGAUUGGUGUUACUUGAGUUCAUGUUUCUCAGGUUCUUUCAAUUUUGCUGCAAUUUGGGAAAGGCCCAGUCCAUUUCUUCUGUUUACUUUGUGCAACAUAUUUGCAAUAAACAGGAUUGAACUAUA